AUGGACACUGUGCUGACCCUCGCAGCCCUUCAGGUCAUGAAGACAUUCUUAUUUCUCUUUGCUGUUCUCUUCUUUCUGGACCCAGCCAAGAAUGCAUUUUUUGAUGAGAAAUGCAGCAGGGUUAAUGGGAGAUGCACAGCAUCUUGUCUGAAGAAUGAAGAACUCGUUGCUCUCUGCCAGAAGAAUCUGAAGUGCUGUGUGACAGUCCAGCCCUGUGGAAAGAGCAAGAGCAACCAGUCAGAUGAAGGCUCAGGCCACAUGGGGACUUGGGGAUGAACCUUUGUCCUUUUGUUGUGGCACCUGAUGGAAGCAGAUGCUUCGGUGAAAAUAAAUGGCUGCUUUUCUUCAA